AUGUCUGGCACCGAAGUCUCAGCCGUACAUCGUGCAUUCAGCAACCUCUUGACGACCUUGACUCCUGAGCAGGUCCAAAAAUUCAUGGAGGAAGUGAACGCCUCUGCAGCCGUCGCUGCAAGAGCUCCCGCAAGUGACCCGACUCAAGGCACCGAAGUCUUAUCCUCAAAGGCCUCUUCUGCUGCUAUGGGAGCUCCGGAGCCCACUGAAGCUAUGACUCGACCUGUAUCACGCAAACGUUCUCGAGAGAAUGCCAAACUGAGGCCUUUGAACUCUUUCAUUGCUUUCCGAAGCUUCUAUUCUGCUGCGUUUCCCGAUCUCUCUCAGAAAGUCAAGUCUGGGUUGCUUCGUCUCUUGUGGAGCUCUGAUCCAUUCAAAGCGAAAUGGGCAAUUGUGGCCAAAGCCUACUCUGUUAUCCGUGACAAACACAUUGGACAGGUCACUCUGGAAUCAUUCCUAGCUCUGAUAGGACCAUUCAUUGGGCUUGUUUCUGUUGCAAACUACCUUGAUACCAUGGGUUUGCAGGUUGUCUCGACUGAGGACAAGCAUUUUUCCCUCAUAAAGGCCAACCCCAAUGUACACAUUAAUCCCAUGGACUUGACAACCAACCUUUCUGUUGACGACAUCGUCCAGUACUGCUACCAAAUCGGCUAUGUCUCGGGUAUUCAUGCAGGCAGUGCAUCUGAAAACCAAGGUGCCGCAGUCUCUAUGGCUGUCUCAGCUCAGUCGACCCCGAAGUCCCCAGCUGCUAAAGCAGGGACUCCCAAAAACCAUGCUUCCAGCGGGCAAACUGCAGGCCACCAAGUUGGAGAGCAUAUCACAGUCCUAGACACGAAUUCUCCCAAGGAAAAUGGUAGUCCACAGACUCCCCAGGUAAACACGUCUGUUGCCCCAAGCAACAACAAUGCUCUGCCAGCUCCACCAGUGGACAAUUCCACCACCCCUCCUGCGGCUCCUAUUAACAAUGCAAGAACCUCCGGCCCUUACACUCAGGCUGAUUUUGAAGGAGAUCUGCGUCGUGCCAUGAACAACUUUCCAUUUGGUAACAAUGACGGUUACUAUGAUCUAUUCAACCCUGGACUUCGCACUCGAGUUUACAACCCAUACUGCUCGCAGUUUGACGGUUUCGAUAUUAAUGACUACGUUGACAUGUGA